GCUCGCCUGCUUCCGGCUCUCGUUCGGACCUAUGUCCUUCCCGCUCCCGUUGUGCAGUUGCCAGCAGAAAAGUCAAUCGAGGUCCUGUUUCGCGCUCAAAGCCAAAGUUCAUGGGCCUGUCCCCUAGAAUGCGAUAUAAACAUGCACAAGUCCAACAGCACAUUUCUUGUGGACCUUGAUACGAGUCGCGCCAAUCUACUAGCCCAGCAACUGGUACCAGCGUGUCGGGCAUUGAAUGGUGCACGACUUAUCCUCGGAGCCGUUGAUACCACCUUCUAUCGCGAAAUACUACCUUUCCAAGCUUACGAAACACGAUCCCGGAUUUUGACAUGGGAUAAUAAAUGGAUUUCGAUCUUCAACCGGGGACCGAAGUGGAGGACGGGGCUGUCGGACUAUCGGACUUCCUUGGUCGUCAGCGAGAAAAAAAAGAGGCUUUUCGCUGUGGCCCUCUCUAGGUACGUCGCGAAGAAAGGGCGACGCACGGUGGCCCCAGAGGAUCUUUUGAAGGCCGGGGGGUAUAUCGGCGGGGCCAAUGGAAAUUUCCAAAUGGCGCAGCAAAGGGAAAGGGAACAAUGGGACAUUUGGCAGAAACUCUAG